ACGUGUGUGACAGUCAUUCAAAAAUGGCCUUGAAUUCGACAUGACUGACUGCUUCUGAGUCUAAUCGUGUCUGAAAAUCACGCAGAUUCAUGUCAUCAUAUAUUUAGUUGUGUUGUUUUUUUGCACAUAAUAACAUGAUGAAAGAAACACGCACGUAUCCCCACGUGAAAGAGAAGAAAGCAGACAGCGGGCAAUGAACCCGGUGUUGUGCUGACCAAAGAAAAGGACAAAGAGAUGGGGUCUCACUCUGUCAUCAUUUCGGACUCGGACAAUGUCAUAAAAGCGUGACGCCUCUGAUGGAUUGUAGUAGUAUGUAAUUAAUUAAUUUAAUGGCAUCUCUAAUUUGUACAAAAGUGCAGAUACUUCAUCCUGCAACAAUCCAAAAGGCUCCAGGAAGAAUGUCUGCGCGGUAAGUCGUCGUCGCAAUAGACGAUCUUUGUCGCUAGCUAAGGGGCUACCGCUAACGAGCGACAAGUGGAGACCGGACCACGCCGCUCUUCGCUCCGGUAUGAUGCCAGGUGACAGCAACAUGACCUCCAUCGUUCAAAGAAUAGCUCGGCAGGCUCUCGUCACCUUCAGGAGCCCACCCCGUGUCGGCGAAGAGGCCGGCAAGUCUUUCCUGGAGAACCAGAGCAAACUGAAAAGUUUGAUGACGGAAGUGCGAGCGGCGGACCUGAAGCUGGCCCCGCGGAGAGGCGACGACAGCUCGCCCGGUGUGUCCCCUCCGCUGCCGUACCACCACCACCACCACCACCACCACGGCGGGCCCCCGGUCACCUACAUGCACAUCUGUGAGACGGACCAGUUCAGCAUGGGGGUGUUCCUGCUGAAAAGCGGCGCCUCCAUCCCGCUGCACGACCACCCGGGGAUGCACGGCAUGCUCAAAGUCCUGUACGGCAAGGUCAGGAUCAGCUGCUUCGACCGGCUGGAGCGACCUGCCGGCGGCACGCAGGCAGCGGCGGCGGCGCCUGCGCUGCCCCCGACCCAGAUGGGCUCUCUGCGGCGCUCCUUGCUCCGCUCCAUCGACGAGUACACGGAGGAGAGCGGCCCCUGCGUCCUCUCGCCCGACCAGGACAACCUUCACCGGAUCGACGCCGUGGACGGCCCGACGGCGUUCAUGGACAUACUGGCCCCGCCGUACGACCCGGACGAGGACAGGGACUGUCACUACUACAAGGUCCUGGCCGAAGGGAAUGCUCGAGACACGGAGCAGAAGGAGAAGGAGGUCUGGCUCUUGGAGAUCUCGCAGCCCGCGGACUUCUGGUGCGGAGGGGAGCCGUACCCAGGCCCGGAGGUCUGCCUCUGAUCCGUGUGUGUGUGUGUGUGUGUGCGCACCCUGUGGUGGCACGAGGCCGGUGGCUUUGGGACGUGAAGCUUGGUGAGCUGUCCCUGUAGAGAAACAUUAGCUGAGUAAGGUGUUUGUCAACAAUGCUGCCCUGCAAUGGCGAACAGCUCCAUACCUGUUUUGCAAAAGGUGAAAUAUAUAAUGACUAAAGUUUCCAUCUCACUUUAACAAGCAAAAGUAAACCACAUUCUGUUCAUACUGUGAUCCCUCUCGGUGUCUGUUUUUAAGGAUCCUAUGAGGAGAAAAGCACCUACACAAGUUGAGUAAUGUCACUCUUAUUACAGCUUUCAGAUAUUUCUUUUACCCGUAGGAAGGGAACGCAAUUAAUCUUUCAUGUGAUGCAUUUGUUUCUGGUCCCUAAUUCUCUGAUGUCCAGGUUUGCCUCUGUAGUCUGCAAGUGUUGAUGAUUUGACAGCUGUAACAAGGGAAAUAGAGGACUUGAAGGCCUCCUGCAUCUCCUAAAAAGUGUCCUCAUCACACGCACCUCUGGCUCUGAUGGAUUUAAUGUAGUUAAAGGUGGUAUAAUUGUGUGGACUACUAUAGGAGCAUAUCAGCCGAAAGGUUAAAGCGAAAACCACCAAAAUUGGCAUCACAGUCGAUGUGAGCUAAAAAAUAGGACCCUGUGAGGUAUUUUUGCAGGAGAAAUGCAAAUAAAUGACAAAUUGAUGAUGUGCAGGGUGUUUAUGCUGCGUUCAAGACAGUCAGGAAGGAUUUGGUAAUCCUUUUUUUUUUUUUUUUUUUUAAAUAACACAAUUUUACUUUCAGUGUUGCAUGAAAUUCUUUUUUUGGGUAUGAAGCCAAUUCAUUAGUGGUAUAUAAAAAAAAAAGUGGAUCACAAACAGUUGCGGUCUGUUGCAUGAGGGAUUCAAGCAUUGUGUUUUUCCCACGCUGCAGCACUAAAACUUAAUAGCCGGAGUUGCAAUCUACGCGUUGGGAAUUCCAGACUUCCGACUGCGUCUUGAAUGCAGCAUUGGAAAAUCAGUGCGUCCCAACCCGAGCUGAGCUGAGUCUCCUCUGUGGAAGUGGCCCGAGACCAAAGAGAGACUUGAGUCCAUGUGUUUCUACUCGUCUUCCCACUUCAGUCGGCAUUAAGAACUGAAUCUUCGGGUCUCUUUUUUUGAAAGCUCAACUGCAUCUGCCGGUUUAUUUUGCGUUGUGUUUAAUACUCUAGAAGGUGUGGACUGCCUUGUUUUGUUUUUCUUUUGAUCCUCAGGACUGUUUUUGUACAGCUGACUGGUUUUCAGGAGACUGUUUUGAAGGAUGUGCACUUCAGCUUCUCAGCACAAGGUUUGACUGUCUGUUACCACACAAGAAAAAAAAAAAAAGAAGAAGCUUUUUCACUAUUCGGGCCACAAUGUUUAAAUAAGUGUGAUUUACAAUUUCCGUUGGCAUGAAUCAGGAAUGCGAGGGUUUGGGUUCAUGGUCCUGUUCAUAGGAUGAAAAGUGGGGCUGAUUUCCAGCUCGGAAGCGAAGAAGCGAAGCUUAAAGUGUAACGAUGUGGUUCAAUGUGAAGGUUUCAUUCGAUGAGGUCGCUUUGCACUACAGACAUAAAUGAUGAUUGUUCUGAAAUUAGUGGUGGAAAGAAAAGUAAAGCAUAUAUUUGAGUUGUGAAAUUGUGCAUUUUGGUCGUAAUUUGAAGAGGAAAAUUUGUCAUGCUGUAACAUUUUUAUUUGAGAGAGCCGUGAAGAAGACUUGUGUGCUAUAUGUGGAAUCACUGUGGGAAUAAAAGGCGACGUAUGUCUUCUAAUCCGCUGA